ACUAGGGUUUUCAGACUCUAUAUUUAACCCCGUUUUUCUGCUGCGCUUCCAACACAAAGUAGAGAGAGUGAUCAUAAUCAAGUCUUCUGCGGCGCUUCCUCAUUUCAAUUUUCUCCUGUGAUUUAGCAUGGAUCGAUCAAAGAAUUCGAAGACAGUACGCUGGGCUCAAGAAUCUAGUCUUCGUGAGGUGCAUGUUUUCUCACCUGAUAAAGAUUGUUCUUCAAUGGUUGGCAAAAAAUGUCAAGAACAUCUUCAAGCAAAAUCAUCAUCAAUAUCGCCUUCAACUACGGAUGAUAAUAAUGAUUUACCACCUGGUUUUAGACCCAUUAUUGAUGUCUCUAGAAUUCCUCAAAUUAAAUGGAAAUGUCCUCCUUCGGUUGUUUUGAAUUCUGGGUGGCGUAUGGCAGCUGGUGAAGAAAGUACAGAGAAAGAUAAUCAGAAGCAAAGAGAACUGAAAAAGCUUGAAGCAGUUUAUCCUCGUGAUUCUCACAUUCCUGCUGAUCCUUUUGUUUCUUCGGAUGUGGAGAAUGAAUUAGGUUACGAUGAUAGCGACACUCCUCUGGUCCCUCUUGAGUCCGAAGAGGAUGUGGAGAAUGAAUUAGGUUACGAUGAUAGCGACAGUACUCCUCUGGUCCCUCUUGAGUCCAAAGAGGAUAUUGCUAUUUCAACAGUACCCCCGUCAAAUCUGGGGGAGGCAGAUGUUGCUACAGCUUUGGCUACUGUAAUGGCCAUCGUAAAACACAAUGAGGAACCAGGGAACUCCAUUAUUGAUGCGAAUUUCAUCCUUCGAUUGGCCAAUGACCCGAAAAUGUUGAAAGAAUUGACUGAUUCAAACAAUAAUAAUCCUGAAAAUGCAUCUCUCACUAUGCCUGCACCUCCUCAAAUUACAGCAACAGCACAAACAUCUCCACCACCUUCUCUGAAACGAGGAACAAAGCGAGCAAUACCAUCUGGGAGCGAAAGGAAAAGUUGCUCCGAACAGGCGUGGCCCUCUGGUGGUUCAGUGUCUUCGUCUCAACCACGUGUUGUGAAGAAAGAUGUGGAUUAUUAUAGGAACCAAGUAACAAAAAAUGACUCUGGCAAGGUUAAUAAACAAUGCAAAUUCUACAACACUUCGAAGGGUUGCCGCAAUGGCUCUCGUUGUCGCUUUCAGCAUACCUCAGUUUGGAAGAUGUGAAAUUAUUCUGAUGGUGGAGGCAUAUGGAGACUAAGAAAUGGGAAACUGUUUUUAUUUUAAUAUUUAUGUAGGGUUAAGUUUAAGUACCUGUGUUUUUCUUUCUAAUAUUGGGAAACCCCGAUAAAGUUUACCUUGAACCUUGAGUGGAUGCUUUGGUAAUUCUUAAUUUGACGGAAUCAAUGGUGGGAUUUAGAAAUUGGAGUUAGCUUUUUUAUAUUUCUAAAAUUUGAA